AUUACUUUGUAGUCGAAGCAGGAAAAAAGAAAAGGGUUUUCGCCGUUUCCUCAGGUAAAAAGGAAAAAACGAAGAAGGAAGUAAAAGGAGAUAAAAAUAAGAAAGAAAGACAGCCGUAAACUGGUAAAAUCCCGGUGGAGUGCGUUUGUACGACCACCGUCAUCCUUCACUGUCUCAUUCACUCUUUCUUUCUCCUUCUCCUCAUUCUUCUUCCUCCAGCUUCUUUGCUUUCUCCCUUUUCCAAGCUCAACCGCCACCGAUUACCGUUAACGAACGAAAGAAACCAACCAACCCCUUUGAAUUGAACGAGCUUCUGCGGCAGCCGCCCUUUUCCCUGUUUAACAUAUAGAAUCCCUCCAUUAUCGCUUUCGAAUUCGAUCCAUUUCCGCCCCUUCUUAGAACCCUAGAAGUUUGCGUCGCGCCCGACGCCCGAACCCCUGCUUGUUUGCUUCUUCCUCUCUGGGGGGGUUCAGGGCUGGUUGCGCUUCUGUGAUUGUUUGGAACUCUGGUGGUCAUUUCAAUUCCUUGACGCCAUGAAACGUGGGUACACGGGUUCUCCGUCCAACUCUGGUGGUCCUCCUAAAUCCAGAUUGAAGCACUCCGCUGAAGAGAAGGGGUUGGUGAACUUUGAAGUAGGAAUUGCUCGUGCUAAGAUGAUGUUUUCCUUGUUGAGAUAGCAGGUGAUGCCGACUAUUCUGAGGAUGUUGUUCAGAAAGUGGCGAACCAUUACAGUGCAAGGACAAAUCAGAGUCUGGCAGAGCGAGAAUCGAGUCCAAUUAUUCAUUUAAAGAAACUUAACAACUGGAUAAAAAGUGUCUUAAUCCAACUGUAUACUCGUAGAGGGGAUGCUGUUCUUGAUCUAGCUUGUGGGAAGGGUGGAGAUCUUAUUAAGUGGGAUAAAGCAAAAGUAGGAUAUUAUGUUGGUGUUGACAUUGCUGAAGGCUCGAUCGAGGAUUGUCGAACCCGUUAUAAUGGUGAUGCCAAUCAUCAUCAAAAUCGUAAGAAGUUUUCAUUUCCAGCUCGUCUUAUAUGUGGAGACUGUUAUGAGAUUCGCUUGGACAAGGUCCUUGCUGAUGAUGCUCCUUUUGAUGUCUGCAGCUGUCAGUUUGCCCUACAUUAUUCUUGGUCUACUGAGAAACGUGCACGGAGAGCUUUGGCCAAUGUCUCGGCCUUACUACGUCCUGGGGGUACUUUUAUUGGAACAAUGCCAGAUGCUAACGUUAUCAUAAGAAAACUCAGAGCAUACCCCCUAAGUAAAACCCAUGAUUAAAGAUGCGGUUUAUGUCAAUGUACAGCUGAUGGACUGUCGUUUGGCAAUAGUGUGUAUUGGAUUCGUUUUGAUGAAGAAUACACAGAAAAGAGCUUUAGCUCGUCUUCUCCUUUCGGUAUCAAGUACCAGUUCCACCUAGAGGAUGCCGUUGAUUGUCCAGAAUGGAUUGUGCCUGUUGAUGUCUUUAAAGCGUUGGCAGAUGAGUAUGAUCUGGAGCUAGUUUUUGCGAAGAAUGCACAUGACUUUGUCCAUGAGUACUUAAAGAAACCAGAAUACGUCGACCUAAUGCGGCGGCUUGGUGCUUUGGGGGAUGAUCGGGACAAGAGCACCCUAUCGCCAGAUGAAUGGGAAGUAGCAUACUUGUACCUUGCAUUCGCCUUGAGAAAGAGAGGCCAACCAGAGCGGGGGCAAGUAAAUGGUAGACGAGAUAAAGCAAAGAUGCACAUAUCGAAAGACGACAUCAUGACCAUUUAGUUUUGCUGAGUGUACAGCAGAUCAAUAAGCAUCAGGAGGGGAUCUCCUUCACACCGGUGGCAGUAACUUAGGUUCUCCAUAGCCCGUGGCCGAGCAGAGUCUCUGCUCCCAAAAACUUUCGAAGAACCUAAUGCUGCCAGCCACUUGCUUCAGUUUUGCCGCGACACGAUCUUUAGAUCGCCAUUUGUACAUUGGUGAUUGGGUAGUUUUUCCUCAGAUGAAAUGUGAGAAAGACGUAUUAACUCGCACCAAGUUAAGUGCACGGUUAAUAGGGAAACUUUGAGUUAAUACCCGUGGUGUACUAUGACCAGAACUGCAGUUUGAAUCAUCUUAGCAAGAAACCAGCAUUACAUGAUCUCCCUUUUGCAGUUUACCUGAUCCAUUCGGAGGGCAUUUUUGAGAUUCGAACUCUGACAUUUUGAUUAUGCUAGAGAGCAAUUUAUUGUAUUUGGAUGUAAUUGUCAUGGUUUUAUCUGCUCAAGUUUGAAACAGAAUAGAAGGGGUUUAGCUCUAGCCUUAUAUGAGUGCUAGUUUAUCUUUGCAACACCUUGAACAGUGUAUUAUACUAACAACUUGAGUAGCAACCAAGCAAAGCAACAUUAACAAAAGUUGGAUGACAAAAGAGAAACAAAAUCUAAA